CGGUAAGCAUUUAGCUGUGUUAAUUUCGUGACCAGCAAGAUAGUUUGUUUAUUUCGCUCAGAGAUGAAACUAUUCAUUUUAGGCUUGAUCACCAUGUUGUCAUCUCAUCCGGUGUUCGGAGGACCUUGCGACACUGCGGUUUCCGUUUCCACGAGUUGGCCUGGCGGUUACACAGCAACUUUGCUCAUUCCAAUUACGACCACCGUUAACAGCUGGUCAAUCGACGUGACGUUCACAGCGGCAAUUUCGACAUUAGAGGUGUGGAAUGCUGCUUCAACCACUACCGAUAAGAAAACAUUCCGUUUGACGAACAUGAGCUACAAUGGAGCUCAAAGCGCAGGAACUGUUUUCAAUACAGUCGGCUUCAACGCAUGGUAUCCUUCCAGCAAUGCAUUCCCAGCAAUCACCAGCGUUUUGUUCAAUGGUGUAAACGUUUGCUCGGCCACAGCACCGAGCACGGCAGCACCACCGACUGCUGCCCCAGUAACUACCGUCUUACCUACUACUGUCACGGUGUCUACAAAUCCACCUUCAACUACUAUCGUAAACACUGUCCCACCAUCAACUGCUGCACCAACUACGGUGGCACCCGUCACGACAAGUGCGCCAGGAUCGUGUUCCAGUGUUGCUUCGGUCUCAAGCGCUUGGCCAGGUGGCUUGACUGUCACUCUAAUCAUUCCGGUAUCAACCUCUGUAACCAGCUGGAACAUCGACGUUACCUUCUCUGCCACCAUUUCCGGCUUACAGGUGUGGAACGCCCAGAUGAGUACCACUAAUAACAUUCAGUUUAGGCUCACCAAUAUGAACUAUAAUGGAGUCCAAAAUGCGGGAACCAUAUUUAACGCGGUCGGUUUCAACGUCGCUUACCCGGCUGCAAAUCCAUCGCCCAGCAUUGUUAGUGUGGUCUUCAACGGUAUUAACGUCUGCUCUGCUGGUGCCGCACCGACUACUGCUUCCGUGGUAACAACUACACAAUCUCAAACUGGCUCAACCGCAGCUCCCGUGACUGUUACAACAUCCACUAGUGCAGUUACCUCGUCAGCCCCGUCGAAUUCUUCCGUGACACCGUUGAAUACGAAAUACAACUAUGUGGAAGUUAUUACGAAAUCGCUGCUUUUCUAUUAUGUGCAGCGCUCCGGUCGUUUGCCUGCCAAUGACAAUCCCAUUCCAUAUCGGUCGGAUUCUGCCCUCGGUGAUGUCGGACAAAAUGGCGAAGAUCUCUCUGGCGGCUAUUAUGAUGCCGGUGACUUUGUCAAGUUCGGCUUUCCCAUGGCUUUUAUGACAACCGUUGUUGCAUCGUCAGUAUUAGACUACCCCCUUGGCUAUUCUUCAGCCGGUCAGUUAACAAACGCCAGGAACAUGGUGAAAUGGGCCAGUGACUACUUCAUUAAAGCCCAUGUUGCUCCUAAUAAACUAUACGGCCAGGUGGGCGAUGCCUAUGCCGAUCAUUCUUAUUGGGGACGUCCUGAAGACAUGACCAUGGCCAGGCCGGCCUCUUUUAUUUCCGCUUCCAAUCCUGGAUCGGACUUGGCUGGCGAGACGGCUGCUGCGCUAACCGUAACCUCUAUGAUUUUCUCGCAAGUCAACACUACAUACUCCGCUAUCUGUUUGAGUCAUGCCAAGGAUCUUUACGCUUUUGCUAAGCAAUAUAAAGUAAUGUACAGCUCAUCGAUUUCUCAAGCAGGAGAUUUCUAUCGUUCAGGCAGUUAUGGAGACGAACUUGCUUGGGCAGCCGUCUGGCUGUAUAGGGCUACCCAAGAUGUUGCCUAUCUAAAUGACGCCAAAACUUAUUAUAACCAAUAUGGACUUUCGGGAGCUGGAGAAUUUUCAUGGGACAGCAAAGCCGCAGGUGUUCAGUUAAUGUUAGCAAAGUUAACAAAUGACACAACAUACAUCAAUGCCAUCAAGUCAUUCUGCGACUCCAAAGUCAAUCAACCAAAGACUCCAAAAGGACUUUUAUUUAUCAGUCAAUGGGGUUCACUACGCCACGCAUCGAAUGUUGCUUAUAUUUGCCUUCAGGCAGCUGAUCUCGGCAUCAAUUCACUUGUUUAUCGAAAAUUUGCCCAACAGCAGAUUCACUAUGCUCUCGGAGACACGGGCCGAAGUUUCGUUUGUGGAUUUGGAACUAAUCCUCCAGUGAGAUCUCAUCACCGUUCUAGUUCUUGUCCAAACAAGCCCGCUACAUGCGACUGGAACACCUUCAACUCGCCAGCUCCAAAUGCUCAGAUCCUUUAUGGAGCGUUAGUUGGUGGACCGGACAGUAACGAUAACUAUGACGACAAUCGUCAAAACUACGUCACCAACGAAGUUGCUACCGACUACAACGCUGGCUUUCAAGGCGCCGUGGCUGCCCUUCAAACGCUUGCCGUCAAUGGACAGUUCAUCUAAGCUGGUUACCUUAUUUUCCAAGUUUU